CUUUCAUCAACAGCAUGCUCACAAUGUUGUCUCGCAUUCAUUCCUUACGCGCAAUCUCGAGGUUAUCUUUGAAAAGACCAUUAGGAGGCAUUAAUUUCCUAGGAGCUCGGGCUACAUUCUCGACUCAUAAUCCUUCAUACUUUGCAACAAACCGGUUUACUGUGGAUGAGUACCCAUAUCUAAAGAGGAGCGAGUCCUUUAACAGGCUGUCGGAGAAGGAUAUUUCAUAUUUCAAAUCAAUAUUGGCUUCUUCCAGCAUUACGCAAGAUGCGGAAGACCUUGAAGCUUUUAACAAUGACUGGCUUAGAAAAUAUAGGGGGCAAUCCAAGUUAGUUCUGAAACCAUCUUCGGCUGAGCAGGUUUCUCAAAUUUUAAAAUAUUGCAAUGAGCAAAGAUUAGCUGUUGUCCCUCAAGGAGGAAACACUGGCCUCGUUGGUGGUAGCGUUCCUGUGUUUGAUGAAAUUGUCAUUUCCUUAUCACACAUGUCGAAGAUCAGAAGCUUUGAUGAAGUGUCAGGUGCGCUUGUGUGUGAUGCUGGAUGUAUCCUUGAGGUAUUGGACAAAUAUCUUGAAGAGCGCGGUUACAUUAUGCCACUUGAUUUGGGAGCCAAGGGCAGUUGCCACAUCGGAGGCAAUGUAGCAACGAACGCUGGAGGAUUAAGACUGCUUAGAUAUGGAUCGUUACAUGGAACUGUGCUUGGUCUUGAGGUGGUCUUGCCUGAUGGAACGAUUUUGGAUAAUCUUUCGACCCUUCGCAAAGACAAUACAGGUUAUGACCUUAAGCAACUUUUCAUUGGCUCUGAGGGUACCCUUGGUAUUAUCACGGCCGUGUCCAUCCUAUCACCAAAACGGUCUAAAGCCACUAACGUAGCCCUCCUCGGCCUCAACAAUUUCGAUCAACUUCAAGCGACGUUCAAGAGAUCCAAGGAUGAACUGUCAGAAAUCCUUUCCGCAUUCGAGUUUUGGGAUCGGGAAGCCAUGAGGCUUGCGAAGCAGCAUCUUGUUGCAGGAGCACAUGACCCUCUUCAAUCGCUGUAUCCUUUUUAUAUUCUGAUUGAAACUAGUGGCAGUAACAAGGAUCACGAUGACGAGAAAUUGAAUACUUUCUUGGAAGGUUUAAUGACUGAUGAUGUUAUCCAGGAUGGUGUUGUUGCUCAGGACUCGACCCAGAUCCACAACUUGUGGGCGAUUCGUGAGGGUAUUCCUGAAGCAUGCUCGAAAGCCGGAGCGGUCUACAAAUACGACAUUUCUAUGCCUGUGCCAGUCCUUUAUCAAGCUGUCGAGGAUAUGAGAGCUCGCUUAGUCAAGGAAGGAGCCAUUGGUGAUGGAAAACUGUUUUCGUCCGUUAUCGGAUAUGGACACGUGGGGGAUGGCAACUUGCAUUUGAAUGUGGCUGCCACAGAAUUUUGUAAAGAGGCGACAGAUCUGAUUGAGCCAUACAUCUUCGAAUGGACAGCGAGACACGCUGGAUCCAUUUCUGCUGAACAUGGUUUGGGUUUGUCAAAGAACAAUCAUCUGCAUUACUCAAAGUCCCCAUCCAUGAUCCAGUUGAUGAGACGGUUCAAGCAGCUGAUCGAUCCUAAUGGUAUCAUGAACCCUUAUAAAUACCUGCCCUUAGUUUAGGCGAAGCAUAAAUUUUUA